CCUGUUACUCCGACUAUCUCUGUUUCUCCUUCGUAUAAUGUGUACGUAAGAGAUGAAACAGUGACAUUAUGGUGCUACACAUCAUACUACUAUUAUGAAGAUAAGAUGUAUUCGUUCUACAAGGGACAGUCUGAAAUACAAGGAAAACAGACAUCACGAUCCCAUGACAUCGUUGUUAGUGGUAGCAGUACAGGCAGUACUUUGGUAUCUUAUACCUGCAGAGUGUGGAAACGAGAAUCAGAUAGAGAAAUCGAGUCUCUGCCUAGCAGAGCUGUUUCGUUAGCAGUAACUGACAGACCUGUUACUCCGACUAUCUCUGUUUCUCCUUCAUAUAAUGUGUACAUAAGAGAUGAACCAGUGACAUUAUGGUGCUACGCAUCAUACCACUAUUAUGAAGGUGAGAUGUAUUCGUUCUACAAGGGACAGUCUGAAAUACAAGGAAAACAGACAUCACAAUCCCAUGACAUUGUUGUUAGUGGUAGCAGUACAGGCAGUAGUUUGGUAUCUUAUACCUGCAGAGUGUGGAAACGAGAAUCAGAUAGAGAAAUCGAGUCUCUGCCUAGCAGAGCUAUUUCAUUAGCAAUAACUGACAGACCUGUUACUCCAACUAUCUAUGUUUAUCCUCGGUAUAAUGUGUACAUAAGAGAUGAAACAGUGACAUUAUGGUGCUCCACAUCUGAAUCUCAUACAGGACAGAAGUAUUCAUUCUACAAGGGACAGUCUGAAAUACAAGGAAAACAGACAUCACCAUCCCAUGACAUUGUUGUUAGUGGUAGCAGUACAGGCAGUAGUUUGGUAUCUUAUACCUGCAGAGUGUGGAAACAAGAAUCAGACCGAGAAAUCGAGUCUCUGCCUAGCACAGCUGUUUCAUUAGCAGUAACUGAUCCUUUGCCAACACCCACACUCCGUGUGAAUAGUUCUGAGAAUGUCUUCAUCUAUGGAGAAAUUAUCAACUUUGAAUGCCAAAGCAACAAUGAGGAUUCAUGUAGUCAUUGGACAUUAUAUGGAAAUGGUCAGCUAGUCAGAGGUAAUUUCAAGUAUGGAGAAAGAUACAGUUUGGAAGCUAAAGAAGAAUCCAGUGCUGGAAAGUACCACUGCAAAUGUGAAAGAACAGUUUUAAGCAGAAUUAUAGUUUCGGACAAUAGCAGCUCAAUACAUAUUAGUAUUUUUGCUUCUCCAGAAAAGCCAAACAUCACUGUAUGGUCAGAGGGGGAGACAGUCAACAUUUAUUGUGAAGUACCCCAUCUUUUUAAAGCAACCAAGGCCUUUUUUUAUAAAGAAGAUGAAUUAAUCUAUACUUCCAUUGCUGAGGACCUUAAGAGCAUUUCAUCUUUUAAUUUUACAAUCGUCAAUACUAAUAGUUCAAAUGAAGGAAAUUACACGUGCCGGUAUGAAACAACAUUAAGUAGUCGAAUUCUGAACUCUGCAAGUAGUGAACCAUUGUUUUUCAGAGUACAAGAAGAACGUUCCUACUUGGUGUUGAUCAUUGGAACUUGUACUGGCAUCGCUGUCCUUCUGAUAAUUGUAGUAAUAAUAAUCAUCAUUGUGUCCAGAAAAGCUCGGAAGUCAGAGAAUGCACAUGGACAAAUUAAAACACUUCCUUCAGCUUGGAAUUCAGAGAAUGCACAUGGACAAAUUAAAACACUUCCUUCAGUCAGUAUAAAAGAGUCUUCCUCAGAAGAACAAAGGAAUGGAGCUCCAGAUUCAGAGGAAAUAACAUAUGCAGUUGUGACAAAAUCAAAGAAAGUUAAGUCACAUAAAGGUGUUGCUCUACAUUCCACAGAUCCACCCGUGUCUAAUCUGCCAUAUUCAAAUGCAAAAGAUUAUGAUUCACAGCUGACUUAUGCAUCUAUCUCCCUUGAAUCAUUGAAACGAAAAAGUCCAAAACCUCAAAAAAAUGAAAGUGACUGUGUGCUGUAUUCGGAACUGAAACUUUAACACCACUAGCAUAUUUUCUUUAUUUUAUAUGUUUAAAACUGUGAAAUAUUUAUCAAAAAUGCAUUGCUUAUACUCCCAACUGUGUAUUUACAAGUUGUAUACAAUCUUUUUGUGAAAUAUCAAAUAUCUAACUUUUGGGAACAUUUCUGAAAUGGAUUUGGCUUUUAUCUUUUAUUAAAUAUAUUUCAGAGAUAAA